AUGCACCCUCCCUCUGUCCACUUCGGCCACUGCUUCAGAGCAGAGCCUGCCAGCUCCUUCACCCAGUUCCCGGCUGCGGUGCCCUCCUUUGGCCCUGACAGCUUCAACUUCAGGGAUCUUUCCAUGAAACGGGCGAGGGCCGACUACUUCACGGCCGUCAAGCCUGCUGCUCGGCCCUCGCCCACCGUCUCCCUCGCCGCAGACCUCUCCCAGAACUUCCAUAUCGACCAGAGUCCACAGUUGGCUACGCCUCGCAGGUCGCUGUUUUCAGCUAAUCUGUUCUGCUCGGAGAAUGAUACAAUAACAACCCCGCCGAUACCCUCCUCUCCUGCUCCUACAGAUAUCAUGGAGAUGUCUCCGCUGCCGCACAAGGCCCCCUUCGGCAUGGCCCUGGAUCUAGAGUCUCCCACGAUGGAGUUGUCUAUGGCAAAGUCCCAGCAGUCCCUGUUUCUGUCUGAUACUUUGCAACAGUCGCCUAUUGAGCCUAGCCGGUCAUCCACGCCGUCAGAACGCCGAAAAGCUCCAAUGCUGAGACCGUCCCUGAUGCGUACCAAGGCCUACAGCGCCUCAAGGCCGCCCCUUGCACAGCCACCGCAAUUCAAGUUCCUCGCUGGCGGCAGCAAGCUCUCCACCUCCACCCCAAUCUCGCUGGCAGAGAUUUUCGAAGAUGACCCAGACAGCCCCUCCGUGGCUCGGAGCAGUACCAAUGGUCCUCCGGGCCCGCCACGGUCACGAUCGUCCAGAGCACUAGCACAGGUACCAGAAAAUGGCUCUCCAAGCUACGGUGCCAUGAGAAGAGGGUCUAACCCCUUUUCUCGCCCGCGGAAACUCAGCAGACGCUCGCUUAGCAUCGUGCUCGUUGACAUCAUCGAUGGGAAAUACAGCGACCAGUUUGACAAUAUCACCAUAAUAGAUUGUCGGUUCGAAUACGAAUAUGAAGGCGGCCACAUCAAUGGCGCAGUCAACUACAACGACAAGGAGCAGCUCGCCGAAAAGCUCUUUACCGAGGGAGAGAUGAAGCAAAAGACCGCUCUCAUCUUUCACUGCGAGUACUCCGCCCACCGUGCUCCAAUCAUGGCCAAAUUCAUUCGUCACCGAGAUCGAGCCGUUAAUAUCGACCAGUACCCCAAACUGACCUUCCCGGAAAUGUACAUCCUCCACGGUGGAUACAGCGGUUUCUUUGCCGAGCAUAGCUCCCUCUGCUACCCUCAAAAUUACGUCGAAAUGGCUGCCAAGGAGCACGAAUUCGCAUGCGAGCGUGGUCUGGGUAAAGUAAAGCAACGGUCAAAGCUCUCCCGAGCUCAAACGUUUGCUUUUGGUCAACAAAACUCGCCAAUGGAAGAUAGUCCGACCGGUCGAUGUCGUGGAGCAUCCGAUCGCAACAUGAACAAUACUUUCGAAAGUCCCCUGGGACGGGGCUUUUCCCCAGGCCGUCUGCCUGAACGACGCAUGUUCUCAUACUAGCAUUCAAACCAACCGACUUUUUCUCUCUUGCCAAUGGGUGCUAAUGUUCAUGAUGGAGUUACGCCUUAACCUGACUUGAAGUCCUAACGUUUCGUUCUACCACCCAUCUUUACGCCUGGCGCACCGGACCAUUCCAUUUCAUUCCUUCCUCCUCACUCCUUGAUUCCAUAGCAUGGUCACAAGGCCUUUUCCUUUCUUUCCUUAGCUUUUUUUCCACUUCGAUUCUUAUCUUGUUCGCCAGCGACCAGAAAAGCGUUCAAACCACACCAAAAGUUCUCCCUUCUGCUUUCCUUGUCGAAGCGUCAUAGCGGAACUCUUCAUUGACAGCGUCCUUUUUUUCUCCUCUCCCCAUUUCCCUUACCCUUUUCUACUUUCCUACGGCGAUUCUAUCCUUUACUUUUUUUUUGUUCUCUAUUAUCUUGAGCGAUUGAUUUUUAACUGGCUCAGCGCAAGCGUUUCCUUUCCCCCUUCCCUUCAGCUUCCUCUAUGAUCAUGUCCAAUUGACUGACUGACUGACUGACCCAUUAUCCUGCACAAUUACCCCCUGUUUGUUCCUUAUCCAACAUAACCAUUUUCCUUUGUCGAUAUACCUGUUUUUCCUUGUUUAUUUUCCUUUUGUCUACACUUACCUUGCCUCUACCGAGCUGAGCUGAGCUGUUUCCCACAUCCGCCAUGCGCCACACCUCCCACCUCCACAUGAGACGACAAGACCGCACACGAGUUCCGAA